UCAAAUUAACUUCUCUCAUUAGAACAACUAAUCUGAAUUUUCAUUUGUCUAUUUCAUAAUUGAUGUCCUUUAAAAUUACUCGAAUCUUAUUUCUUUAUUAGUUUUAAAAUUGGAAGAACGACGAUUUCUCUAGUAUUUUCCAUCGUAUUCUUUCUGUUUUGGCUCUGAUUUUCCGGGAAAGUUACCGAGAAUCCUCUCUGAUCGGCAUGAGCGAUGAAGGGUUCCUUUCCGAUUUUGUCUUCGUUCAAUGUGAGUUCACUCCCUUCUUCGACAUUGAGCGACUGUGAUAUACAAAAUUUUCUGGAGAUUUCAUCACGAAGGGCCAUUGUCAAUAGUUCAAACGUUGGUUUAUACAGAAUUUGAAUAAGAACUGUUUCUUUUUGUAAUCUACUCCAACAUAUACCUACAAACCCCAAAGGGAUGGACAAUGGAUGAGAUUGAGAUUGAAUUCACUGUUGAUGCAUAUGGUCCAUUAGCUUCCAUUGCAACAUUCAAGUAGAGAUAGGAUUUGGGAUCUGAAGUCUCUGGCCCAGUUCAACCUUCAAGCACCUUCAUUUUGCUUCUAUUCAUCUUUCCCACAGUAUGUCAACUAAACAACUGAGUAUCAAGCCCUUGAAGAGAGCUCAAAAAAUGAAGUUAUUAGGUUGGAUGCACAACAAAUUUUGGCAAAGUGGAAUCGAGUCGGUCAAGGAUUUCACGAUUGCGAACCCAUGCAUGUGCCUGACAUUACAAACACCUGUUGAUGAUGAAGACAUCUAUUUGAAGCCAGGUUUCGGUUUCACAACCAUGCAGUCAGAUAGUCGGAAUUAUGAACAAUCAUCUCUUGGAGUUGAAGCCAACAAUGUACUGGAAAAAUCUGGAGACUUGUCUAAUUCAUCUGAUAUCUUCCAUGGGUUCCUCACUAUUGGAACUCUGGGUUCUGAACCCGCAACACCAACAUUCUCCUUGGCUUUUGAAAACAUGAUUGAGUUGCCAGAUGAGGUGACAGAGGAUGACAUAAAACUGAUAAAUUAUGAAUUAGAAAAGUUUCUUGAAGCUGAAACUAAGGAAGACCGUUGUGAUCAAUCACCUGGGAGAACAAGUCAUGCUAGUAUUAUCACACUUGCAGGCAAGCAUAUGGAAGAAACCGAAGAUGAAAACGAUGGGAAGACUCUAACAUGUCCACUUCAGGGAUAUCUAUUUGGAUCUACAAUUGAACUUCCAGACAAGAUGAUAGACAUGAGGAAGGAAAAACCCUCAUCUCCAGAGCUGUUCCAAGGGACUAUAGCAGAAAAUGAGAGUUUUAAACUGAACAUUGAGAAAAAGGAAGCAUUAGUGAAGCAUUCAAAUAAAUCUGCACUAAGCUUUGUGAAAAAGAUGCUUAAGAAACUUUGUACUUCUUCACAUGGUUCUAGCACAUAUGACUCGGGUGAUUCAUAUUCAACCAAGAAGAAACUCCAAAAGGUGCUACGUAAGCUCAAUAGAAAAAUACACCCUGAAACCUCUACUGCUACAGAUGAUUGCCAAAAGUCCCAAAAAUACAUCUUUGAGAAUGUGUCUUUCGAUAACUUCAAUGAUGGUCGUGUGAUGAACAGAGUGGAAGAUGGAAUAACUUAUUGUCAGGAAUUUAUCUCAAAAGAGGAAAUGUGUUAUUGGAAGACCAACUUGGGCUUGCCCCUUUAUGGGGUUGAUACCAAUGUUUCAAGUGCAAAUAGAGGCCACUGGAUCAAGACAGAUGCAGAGUACUUGGUGUUGGAGCUUUAGGGGAAGAAGAUGUUGUCUACAAAUACCUAAGUCCCUCUUCUAAGCACAAGGAUCAGAAUGGUAUCAUAUGUUAUGUCAUGUAGAAUAAUCUUUUGCAAGUUUUAAUCGUUGACGUAAUCAAUAAUGUACAUGUUGUUUUGUGUUUAAGUGUGAUAGUGAAACUCGAAUUUGGUUUGAUCUUUGUUAUAAGCUUUUAUGAAUGGUUUGGGCUGUCUACUAGAGUCCUUUGAAUUCCUGUCACUAUUAUUUUCAUCAGUGAAAUGUCCAGUGUUUUGUUUCCUUUACAUGUACAGUCUUCAUAGAUUAUAAACAUGAAUUAAUUGAGUGAUUUCUUUUUUAAACAAAA